UUAAUGAUUUUAAUGAAGAAACAUAUUACUAUGAUAAUGAUAAUGCGUUAUCUUCAGAAGAUAAUAAAACUACAAAAAAUAUUUACAAAGUUUCUAAUUUGGUUAAACCAAUAAUUGAACAAAGAUAUUUGGUAGAAGAAACAAAUUCUAAUGUCAAAAAUUAUGUUGAUCAUUCAAUUAUAGAUAAUUUAUCUGAAAUUUAA